AUGACAGCCGGUGUUCUGGACGAUGGCGUUCAUCUCCUCGUCACAGGCGGCUCGGGAUUCCUGGGCAGCAACAUCGUCGUCGACGUGCGACGACGAUAUCCAAGAUGGAAGAUCACCGUGCUGGAUCAAAACGCCCCAUCCCCCGAGACGAUGGACCAUACGGAUGAAUUCGUCUCCGCCGACGUUUCCUCAGCUGAAAGCGUGAGCCAGGCUUUCAGCAAAAUCGGGGCCAUCGACAUUGUCCUUCAUGCAGCUGGAGUGAUCCCAGCAAGAAAGCUUCGCUAUAGCACCGACGAACUUCAAUGGGAAAGAGUCAAAGCCAUCAACUACAGUGGAGCUCAGAACAUUGUGUCCGCUAUCAUGGCGAGCAACUGUCGACGACUCGUAUACACCAGCAGCUGCACGGUCGUAGCCGAUGAUCUCAAACACGAUUACCACAAUGUAGAUGAAACCGUCCAGACUGGUCUCGCAAUGCUUCACUAUGGCCGAUCAAAGAUCCUGGCGGAGCAACAUGUCCUCUCCCCAUCACAUCGAUCCAAAGGGUUGAAAGCCUGCGCUCUACGCCCCUGCACCAUCAUCGGCGAAGGCGACACAGCAGUGAUAAGCGUGAUGCACGAUCUGAUAGCCAAAGGCGAGACGAACUUUAUAGUCGGCGAUGGGUAUAACAUGUGCGACUUCAUGUACAUCUCAAAUGCUGUAGACGCACAUAUCUUGGCCAUUGAGAACCUAUUGACGACCGAGACUGCAGCCGGGGAGGUGUUUUUUAUCAGUAAUGACGAGCCGGUGUACUUCUGGGACUUUUUGGCUUUCCUCUGGGCGCAGUUUGGACAUGUCCCACGAUGGAAGAUCUAUAUUCCGGCUGCAGUUGCGUAUUUCGUCGGCGUUAUUCUGGAAUGGAUUACUUUGCUGACUGGGACAGAGAGUACGCUGGACACUGGAAGCGUACAGGAUGGGAUCAGAACGCAGUAUGCUGAUAUUAGCAAGGCAAAAGAGGUAUUGGGCUAUGUGCCUCGCGUGGGUAUAUCGGAGGGUCUGAGGAGAAGCUGUGAGGCCUACAAAAGACAUCUAGCUGCUAAUGAGAAGCGAUGA